UAUGUUUUCUAUAAUUAGAAUUGAAAUACAACAAGAAUAGAAUAAUAAAUCAAAUCAAAUGGCAGACAUAACAGAAGAAGAAGAAGAUCUUUACAUUUUGGAGAGUGAAGUAGAAAAUGAAGAAACUCCUAUUUUGCGAGAAGAUCAGGAUGAUGAUCAUCAUGGCAGUCUUGAUUAUCAACACACGACAACUUGUUAUGUUUACAUGCUGUCAUUGUUUGCUGCACUUGGUGGUUUUUUAUUCGGCUAUGACACUGGCGUAAUAUCAGGUGCCAUGAUACCACUCAAAAAACAUUUUGACCUAUCAAACGAACUGCAAGAAGCUGUUGUCAGUAUUACAGUAGGCGGUGCAAUAUUAGGUUCAGCAACCGCUGGUUAUUUAGUUGGCAGACGUAUUGUCUUAUUGAUUGCAUCAUUCGGGUUUUCAGUGGGUGCUGUCGUAAUGGGCGUAGCUGGAAAUAUCUGGGUGUUGCUUGCUGGGCGGUUGAUUGUUGGCUUGGGAAUUGGUUAUGCAAGUGCAACGGUACCUGUUUAUAUUGCUGAGGCGGCACCUGCUCAUAAACGAGGUCAACUUGUGACUGUCAAUCAACUGUUCAUCACCUUUGGUCAGUUUUCAGCAGCGAUAAUUAAUGGUGCAUUUAGUUAUGUGAAAAGGGAAAAUUGGAGAUAUAUGCUUGGUGUUGCCGGUGUUCCUUCCGCCAUAAUGUUCCUGGGUUUCAUUGGCAUGCCAGAAAGUCCGAGAUGGUUGAUAAGUAAAGGCCGUGUGGACGAAGCAGAAAAAGUAAUUGCAAAGUUAAGAGGGAAAACUAAUGUCAAUCAAGAAAUGGAGGACAUCUCAAAGGCAAUCUCAUCAUCUAGAAGAGGCAGUGCUGACACGAAGAGAAUUUUUAACCGUGUAUUCAAGACACAGACAACAAGACGUGCAUUACUGGUUGGAUGUGGAUUACAAGCUUUUCAACAGCUCUCUGCCAUCAACACUGUCAUGUAUUACAGUGCUACCAUUAUUGAAAUGGCUGGUGUAAGCGACCAAACACAAAUUAUUUGGCUUGCUGCUGCUGUUGCUAGUGGCAACUUCUUUUUCACGUUAAUAAGCUUUAUGCUUAUUGAAAAAGUCGGUCGCCGUAAAUUGACACUCGCUAGUAUGCUUGGUGUAACUGUAGCUUUGUGUUUGUUGGCUGGUACAUUUAUUCUUUUGAAAAGCGAUUCACCUAAAUCAACAUUUCAAGCUCCUACUAAAUACACACAUGGCUGCGCCUCAUAUAAACAAUGUUUUUCAUGUGUUCAAGAUAAAUCCUGUGGAUUUUGUUUCACACAGAGAGAUAAAGAGUUCUUGAAUGGUACUUGUUUGAGUGUCGACGCGAGAAAUGUUAACCAUAGAUCACAAUUUUGUAACCAUUCCAAUUUCUAUCCAUCGAAAGUUUCAUUAAGUUGGUCAGAGAAUGUCUGUCCAACUUCGUAUGCUUGGUUGGCUGUUACUGCCAUGAUUUUUUACUUAGCAAUGUUUGCACCUGGCUUAGGACCCAUGCCUUGGGCAAUCAAUGCAGAAAUUUAUCCACUAUGGGCAAGAAGUUUUGGAACAUCAGCUUCAACGGCUACCAACUGGUUUUGCAAUUUACUUGUUUCGUUGACAUUUUUAAAUAUAAUGGAUUGGUUGACUCGCCCUGGUGCGUUUUUCUUAUACGCAUGUAUAACAUUGCUUGGUUUUAUAUUUGUGGCUGUGUUUUUACCUGAAACCAAAGGGAAGAAGCUGGAAGAAGUAGAGGAAUUGUUUAGCCGCUCAAAACCAAUUGAAGUUGUUUAUUAGUUUUUCAUUUACAUUAGAUUAAUUUUUUAAUAUAUAAAUAUAUUACUUAUUAGAUAUUGCUAUAAAGUUAUCUACUUCGAAAAACAGAAAAGUCGUGGGUUAUUUUUAGCAGGAUUUUUAGAAUGUUUUCUUUUCUGACUCCCAGCGAAAUAACAGGUGGAUAAGACAAGAGAUCAAGUGAAUGCAAACUAAUUGGUGUCUUAGGAUUACGAAAGUUAAGUCUCUUGAAAGGAUUUUUUGACUGAAUAUAUAUUGCGUUAUAAGACCAAUGAACUGGGGAAAAACUUACGUUGAUUUUAAAUUCUGACCACACACUUUUUACUUUAACAUUCGGGCGGUUUGGUUAAUUAUUUAGAAGUAGAAAUGUUAUAGUAAAAGUUGAAUUAAAUAUAUUUGCUUAAAACUGAAAACAUGUAGAAAUGGUAUAUGGAGGUUAUGAUAAUUUUUGACAUUUCUAUUUUUGGCAAACAAGUAACUGUUUACUCAUUGAAAAUGACCGCCCUGUUAUAUAUAGCGCUAUAUGAUGUGUGUGUGAAAUUCUAUUAUUCGUGUAGAAUAAAAAUGAGCUAUGAUAAACCUAUAUAUAUUUAUAUACACUUCGUUAGGACAAGCUGUGUCUAUUGUUAACGUAUUGUUACACAUAGCUGGUUCCUUUAUGGAUUUAGUCCUGCUCACUGCGAGACAGUAUGUUAACCAUGUUCAAAGUCAGUCCAGUUGCAUUACAUAUAGGACAUGCGUUUUAGAUUGUGAUGGUGUCAAUGGCUUUUAUAAAAAUGAAUAACCUUAUUUACUAGGUUAACAUUUUUUUAUAUGACUGUUAUUUUUGUUUGUUUGUUUUGUUUAGUAUUAAGUGGUUAAAAAGUUUGAAUAUAAUAUAUUUUAUACAAAUGUAGGAAUUGUACACAGUUAAAUUAUUUGAAUAUAAUUUUUUUCGAAA